AUGAGUAAUGAUCAUCCUAAGCUGGAAUAUGAUAAUGAACAACCUGAGACUGAUAAUGAUGAUUAUCUAGGGUUUCUUGAUAUGGAAUUCAUGGUAGAUACUGAUAUUUCGACUAUUCCUCUAAGUGUUGUUUAUCCUGAUGCAUCUUCUGAGAGGGAGAUUCCUCAAGGAACUCACAAUAACAUUGAGUGUGAUGAUGAUCAGCUCAAUCCAAGAAAAAUAAGGGAUUCCUUCUUAUGGGGAGCAAAUGAUGUUGAAGCCAGAAGUUCCUCAAUUGUUGGUAGCUCUUCAUCCCUUCUUUCUUCCAAGAAAAGAAAAUUAACAGUUGGUUUGGAAGUACUGGCAGAGAACUAG